AUGACCGAGGAACGCUCUAUACGACGUCUGUCGUCCAUCGGUUUCUUCAUGCACAGCGUUUCGUUGCCAACCGGAGUCGACCGAGCUUUCAAGUACGUACUGCUUAUCGUUGUGCUCAUUCUCGUGGUGGUUGACUGGAUACGACGUUGUCGAUCCAUCCAAUCGUCGCUCGUCUCGCGUUGUCUCGCAUCGCCUCGCCUCGCCUCCUUCCUCUUGUCUGCUUCUGCCACUGGCGAUCGUCUUUCGGUUGCCGUUGUCCUGCACUUUGACUCCUGCGGCCCAUUUCCGAUUCCGACUCAGACUCGGACUCAGACUUCUGCGCGAUUCGUCGGCUACCGUCGCCGCCUUCUUCGUCUCUUCGCCCAAGUGUCGUCGUUACCGCCGCAGCUGAAGCCUUUCCCGACGUUCAGCGACGAGGAGAUUCGAAACUCGUUGGAACUCGAGGUCAAAAAGCACAAGUACUGGCGUUCAUCCGCCGUUAACAACAUGAAGAUCAUCGAAAUCGAGAGUACCGUCGCGCUCAGGGUAGGAGUACUGCAUGGAUUAUUUGUACUCAUCAUUUGAUG